CUGUCCCCGUCCCCCGCCAUGGCCCUGGCGCUGCCGCUGCUCCUCGCCCUGCUCGGGGUCACCCCAGGUCUGGGGGCACCGGGGGGGGGCUGUGGGGUGCCCCCCUCUGCCUGGUGCCAGAGCUGGGAGACUGCCCUGCGCUGUGGGGCCCUGGAGCGCUGCCCCCACCUCACCCAGAGACCCCCUGAUGUGGACACCUGCGCCAUCUGCCAGCAGCUCUUCGACUUCCUCCACCGCGUGUCCAACCAGUCGUCCGUGCAGGUGGCAGUGGAGCAGGUGCUGAGGGCUCUGUGCCUCCCGCUGCCCGUCCUGGCCGCCCCGUGCCAGUCUGUGGUUCACUCGCUCAUCCCGCGCGUCCUCUGGGAGCUCCAGCACCUCGUGCCCCGGCAGAUCUGUGCCAAGCUGCAGCUGUGCCAGGCAGAGCCCGGGGGUGCCGCGGCCGUGCCCGCCCUCGGGGUGAUCGGCACCCACCCGCAGGUACGGGGGGCCCUGGGGGGCAGCGGGGGUGGCUCCGUGCCCGCGGAGGCGCUGCCGGUGCCGCUGCCGCUGUGCUGGUUGUGCCGCACCUUCGUGGCGCAGGCCGAGGCCGCCAUCCCCGUGUCCAGGGUGGCCGCGGCGGCCACGGGGCUGUGCCGGGCGCUGCCGCUCGUGGCCGUGGGCGCCUGCCAGUGCCUGGCCCAGCGCUACGCCACCCUCCUGUUCGAGGGGCUGCUGGGCCGCCUGGGCCCUCGCCUGCUGUGCCGCCUGCUCCUCGCCUGCCAGGGCGCUGGGGACGAGGAUGUGGGGACGUGGGCACCGCCAGCGCUGCUGGAGACCAUCGUGGUGCGGCUGGCGGAGUGUGUGAGCCCCGAG